AGUAAUCACCAAGAUUUGACUUGGUGAAUAAGAUGCUCGUUUUCUUCUUAAAAGCCUUACCUCUUAUCCUUUGUGUCCCAUCCUUGAUGAUUACUCUACUAUCUGUCAAACCCUAGUGUCUCUUUAUUGCUGAAUUAAUAUAUUUGGUAGAAUAUCCCGAAGAUAUUAUUAGGACUUCUGGGUUUUGAUAUGCUAACUGUUACUUUGGUCUAUUUAUUGGUAUGUUAAACUCUGAUACGCACAAAAUUAUAAGAUAUUCAUGGGCAAUUGGGAUGUAGCUGAUUGUAUACUCCUCUUCUGCAUUCUUUAUAUAUUCCUUAAGGGUAUUAAAUGGUAUAAGCCUUUCUUAAGUUGCAUAUUUAUGAGCAAAGUCCUAGUGCCAAACGAACAGAAUAAAAAUUUCAUUAUGCAUUUUCAAUAAGUUUUCUGUACAAUUAGCCACUUGAUUAUUGAUCUUGGAAGAGGUGAUAUUAAUUAUCUAGAAAUCAGAGAAUGAACAGCGAUAAAUAUGAUAUAAAAAAGCAGUUCUCUUGGACUAGGAAGUACAACUACGGACCAUGGUCUAAUUAUGAGCAUUCUCAGUUGGUUCUCUGCCUAAAGGCUCAAGGGCUCAACUGGAUAAUGCUCAAGAAAAUGAUCCCUACAAGGGCUAGACAGCAGAUAGAGACCCAUCUGAAAGGCUAUCUCAAGCAAAUUAAGAAACAUUACAAAGUGGAAGACCCCCUACAGUAUAUUAGAACCAGUUCACCUCCAAAUCUCCCCUCUGACUCUGCCCUACAGUCCUUCUGCGACUCUAGCCCAGACAAGCACGGGCUUAGCCGUAGUAGAGACAGUGGCUUGUACAAGUUCUCACAAGGCUCACAAAAAGGAGGGAGACCAGAUAAAAGAAAGGAAGCUCAAGUGAAACUUUUGAGAAGAAGAGAAGCCAAGUUUUAUGAGAAGUUCGAAGAGAGAGGAAGAGAGAGGCUGAGUGGGAGGUAGGAAGGGGUGGGUAGUGGUUGAAGGGUUUAGGUCUUGGGGUUUUGGUAACUUUUUGAUAGGGGAAUGAGUGAAGGAAGGGAUUUUAGGUGUAAUAUGCAUGGUCUGAAGGGUAUUUCGGAGCAAAGUUGUAAGGAGACUUGUGAAGGUAAUAGUAUUUUUGUGAUGGGAGGGAAGAAUGUUGUUAUUCAAGCGUCGCAGAUUCUGACUACAACUCCUUGAAAAAUUCUAAAGAGUGCUUCUGGAAAGGUUGUGGUUCUUCCGAAAGGAGUCUUGAAUAUAGAAAUUCAACCAAUUCUUCCAGAUAAUCCUUCAAGAUCAAUACAAAGUUCAAAAUCUCAGCCAAAUGAUUCCCAACUUUUAAGUCAAGCCCCAAAAGCUACUAGGUUUGGCUCCUCUUUGUCUCCAGUCGGUUGAGAGAGUAUGUUGGAUUUCACAGUGGAAUUUCUCUCUCAAUACUAUUGCUUUGAUGAUUGCAUAAGUUGUUAAUUUAUGGUAAAUAAGUUCAAUAUUCUAC